AUGCACUUUUCUCAUUUGAUCGUUUUGUUAUUUUGUGUGCAAAAUUCCUUUUCAUUAUCUCCACACGAAGUACCUGCCGAAAAUCUGAUUGAGUAUCCUCUGCCUAAGUUAGAGUACGACUUUGAUGAUUUGGAACCUUACAUUGACGGGGCCACUGUGAGGGCGCAUUACAACGGCCACCAUGAAUCUUACAGAAAAAAGAUGAAUGAAUUUCUGCAAAAAUGGCGUUCAUCAGUUUCAAGCAAGCUUCCAUAUCAGUCCUUGUAUCAAAUCUUACAAAAUCUCAAUAAAGUGCCUCAUGAUUUAGAAAUAAGCAUUCUCAAUAAUGUCGGAGGAUAUGUCAAUCAUGCACUUUAUUGGAGCAUCUUGUCACCGAACCCGAGCAAGCAGUUGAGACUUCCAGAGGGUCAUCUGCUUGAGAGGAUCAAAUCAGACUUUGACAGUUUUGAUGAGUUCAAAAACAAGUUCACUGCAGAAGCAUUGAAAUUAUUUGGUUCAGGAUAUGUCUGGUUAGUGUCAGAGAAACCAAAUUUUGAUGGAUCAGAAGGUCGUCUUAGAAUAGUUUCUUCAUCCAAUCAAGAUUCACCUAUCACUUUCAAGCUCCUCCCACUUCUUGUGAUCGACGUAUGGGAGCAUGCAUACUACUUGAAGCACCAGUAUAAAAGGGUGGAGCAUGUUGAGGACUUCUGGUAUUUGGUGGAUUGGAAGAAAGUUGAUGCACUGGUAAAGUUCUGGGAGGAGUUUAACUGGGAGUUGCAUGGAACGUACAGGGAGGACUUAUGA